GCGGCGGCGGCGGCGGCAGCGGCGGCAGCAGCCCCCUGACUGCAGUCGGCGCUUGCAGCCCCACUGGGCCCCAGAGCUUUGCCUCGCCUCGCCUCGCUUUCCCUCGGAAGCCUGAGAGGUAAGGCACUUGAGUCUCAGAGGAGGGGAAGUGACUUGCCCAAAGUCACACAACCAGUAGGUGGAAAGAAGCAGCCCAGGACUUGUGACUGCCAAGUGAAGAAUUCUUGUUACUGUGGCCUUCGAGGACCUUACCUGCAGCCCAGGGCUCUGGCCUGUCAUCUUUCUCUCUUUCCAGUGGGGAAGGCACUGAAGUGUUUGGGACCAAGUCUGACCCUGUUUCCUAACCUGUUGAGAUCUCUCAGCAUCCUGACUGUGUCAUUUACCAGAAUCUUAGCAUCUCUGGAGUUGGCAGAGACGCCAGCAGCGAACAUCUAACCUGAUUCGUACCAAAUUCAAACCAUCGUGGAGGAAGGAGCUGAGGCCUGGUGCUGACUUGCCUAAACUAUAACGGCCUUUGCCUUCCUCAACCUGCUCUACUUGUCUGUGGCCUUUCGGCACUCUCCUUGACCUACCUAAAGACCAAUUCAAGAAGAGAGGAAGAGACAACAGAGCAGACAGAGCACACAGAACCACCCCAGCUCCGGGAAGGUGGGAUCAUUGGGGAAGAGUUGGACAGAAGCAGCAGGGUAUGGAUUGAAACAAUAAAAGGUUAAAUUGAUGGAUGACCAACAAGAUAAGGAAUCUGCCUCAGAGGACGGAAGAACCAGGCUGAUUAAUGGGAUGAAAGAAAAUGGCUCAAAUGACCAGGAUCUGAUGGUGAAGUUGGCAGCGACGACAUUGCAGACCCUGACCCUGACACCCAAAGAGACUCUGGUAUCUACCCGGGGCCUUCUGCCUCUAACUUCGAAGAAGCCCUGCUUCCCAAGUCCUCCGUCUCCCUUGAGGCUGACCGAUGCACCUGAACAUUCUUCUAAUGACUCUUCUGUGCAUGCUAUUGCCCUGACAUCUGGUAUAACCAAGGGCCCCAACACAUGGUCACUACCGGGGGACUGUGAGAAAGCUCCACUCACAAUCAUGGAACCUGGAGGCAUGUCGGCCCUUACUAGCGACUGUCUUAUGCAGCCAAGUCGGACUUGCCUAGGCUGCUUCAUUGAGUCCAAGGAUGGAAUUGAUGCAGAACCAGGUAUUAGUUUGAAACCAGGUGAUAUAAAUAGGGAUUAUGACACCUGUUCCGUCUCUGAUAUAGGUAUUCAUUGUAUGAACACAGGAGAAACCAUGAGAUAUGGGGAUGAGCUGCUUUCUGACCAGCUCCUAAGCUUCCCUCUGCAUAAAUCUAGGGCAGGAGACAAAAGAGACACAGAGAAAUCUGACAGUGAUUCAGAGGACCCCACCCAGAAAAAUUAUUAUGAGGGAUUGCUAUUGGAUAAAUGCAAUGGUGAGGAAACUCUGCUUUCCAAUACUAAUCAGGAAUGGGGCUACUUUGAAUCUUUCAUUAGUGAGAGCAAGAUCGAGCUCCUUGACCUCUGCUCCAAAAAUGAGUUGUCAGUCAACCUAUUUUCAGAGGAGGAUGUAGACAAUUACAUGUUUGAUGAUGACGACUCAACCCUGGGCAGUGAUGUCUGCUCCCUGAAGAUCCGAUAUGAAUCCUUCCAGGACAAUGUGCGAGACAAGACCAACGUCCUGCAGGAUGAUGCCCAGUUCAACUUCUUCCCCAGUGUUUUCACUAGCUGCUCCAAGCGGGAGACAAAGGGUGGUGGCCUGAAGCGGAGCGGAGAUUCCUCCCAGUUCAAAGUCCCUGCAGAGAGCAUCAUUUGGGGAGAGGAGGAUGAGGAGGGAGAAGAAAAGAAAAAGAGAGACCAGGAAGCUGAAGUCCGGGAGAACAAGGGGGUAGAAGAAGAAGAAAAAGAGUUGGGAGGAGUAUCCACCUUAAGUAAACCAUGCAAAGGGACUGAUGUGAUCAAGUACGUGAAUUCCAAGCGGAACCCCUUUCUUGAAUCUGCCAAUUCUGCAGAAGACUCUGGGGAGUUCAGCGACGACAGCUCCUGCACCGAGUCCUCCUAUGAUGCCUUGAAGGAGAUUAAGGAUUGUAGCCGCUAUCUUACCCGGGAUCCUCAUUGUGGCUCCUCUUCUUCCUCCACCACCAUCCAGCAGAACUAUGGACUGAGGGCUAAAAGGAAAGUGCGGUACAGUGAAGACUACCUAUAUGAUGUUGAUUCCAUAGAGAGUGAGAGGACGUGUGAGAAGAAGGAGUGGCAGCCAGAUGGGCAGAAAGAGGAGGAUGAUGAUGAGUGGUGCCCCAAGAAGAGGCGGAAAGUACCCCGCAAGGAGCCUCCAGUCAUUAUCAAGUAUAUUAUCAUCAAUCGGUUCAAGGGUGAGAAGCACAUGCUGGUGAAGCUGAGCAAGGUGGAUGCCAGUGAGAUGACAGUAACAUUGAGUGAAGACUUGCUCAACAAGUAUGCCAGGCUGGCCCCAUUGAAGGGCUUCUGGCAAGAGAAGCAGCAGAAUCGCCUCCAUUCCCUUAGAUCCACCCUCUGCCACAAGCAAAGCUUCCACCUGAAUGGCCUUGAGGCCCCAUUCCCAACUCCUCCUCGGAAAAGAAAGUGCAAGCUGGCCAACCGACACAGGAUCCAGAGAAUCCAAGCCAUUGAACAAUCAACAAACAAACAGGGCUCCUUCUCCUGUGAUCAGAAGCAAGCCAGUGGCAAUAAAGAAGAUGCAGGCCCAAAAGGAGCACCUCAUACAGGGGCCAGAGCUACCUCCAGCUGUGCCAAUGAACUGCAUUUAAAUGACAGAGCUGGUCCUGACUCAGUGAAGAGCCGAUCACAAGACCGAGAGUUCCGGAAAGGGCCAGAGAGGAAAGUGCUCCACAGAAUCAAAUUUAAAAGUGAAGCCAGGUUAAAAUGUAAGAAGAAUAAAGCUGCACAAGAAAGCAGUAAGGCAUCCACUCAUCCAGCCCCAGAAGGCCAAGAAGCAGGCUCCAGUCAGAAGAAUGAGAACAUCCGUAGAGCCUCAGAUAGCUCCCAUCGAUCUGAUUGUCGGGAAGAUAACACUACUAAAAAUUCUCUCUUCUUACCAGCCACCUGCUCGCCUGACACGCCUCUGCCAUCUGCUAAUAUUGCCACCAAUGUACCCGUUAUCCCUGGAGGGUAUCUGCAAACAUUGUUAGAUGCAUCAGAUUUAUCAAAUGCUACUGCCAUCUCCUACUUCACCCACCAUCCCUCAGGACAGCACUCUGCUGCCCUUGCCCAACCAGAAAAAACAUUCACAUCUCUCCAAACUGGCCAAAGCUGUGUGCUCUCCCCACCUUCUGAGUCUGAGCUGCAACACUCACCUCAUCCCCUCAAAAUGGAUUCAAGUCCCUUUGGAAGUGUGUGGCCCAGAAAGGCUAUGCCUGGCCCUCAAGAUUUUGUGGCUAAUGCCCCAGGAGAGGCAUCUAGGGCCCUCUCAGGCAAGUUUGGCGGCUCUGAAACAAUUCCAGUAGGAGAUAACCUCUCAGCCUCUAUGUAUAGCCCAAUGGGGAGCAGCAAGCACCCAUACACCACUAAAUAUAUGCAGGACAACCAGCUUCCAUCUGAUGAUGCCUAUCAUCCAUGCCAUUUCAAUAAUGCAGAGGGCUGCUUUCCUUUCCAGAGGGGCACGCUCAACACAGACAAUGGCCGGCUCAUUAGCUUUGAUUCUGUGGGCUCGCUGUCAGUCAGCUCAAGCAAUUACAGCUCCUUGAGCUUGAAGUCUUGUGAAAAGGAGGGUGACGAGGACAUCAAUGAUGACUUCUUAGCUCACUGCAGCCCCAAGCUGGUGAUCCAGCAGAGCAUUGAUGAGAUCACCCCCCUCAAGGAGUCUACUGACCUCCUGGACAUCUCUAACUUCACACCAGACAAGUUCCGCCACUCAUCUCUCUCAGAGAUGUCCCCACCGGACACCCCUAGCCUUUCUCCACAAAUCGCAGGCUCAGAGAAUGGCAAGACACUAGGGGUGCUUAAGGUGUUCCCAGAGGGCACCCCAGGCCCUUUGGGCAGUGGAGAGAAGGUCAAGUGGGACUGUGGCAGCCUUCCACACCAAGAUGAGACAGGUGAUGGAUUUACUUUAUGUAACCAUCAGUUUCAGUUCCAUAUGUUCAAUGAUGAGGACUCUGUCGGCCUACUCCAAAAAAACCCUUGCCUGUCAACAUUUAAUGAGCCAUCUGGUCAAAUUAGCACCAGUAGCAAAGUGUCAAAAUCGAAAAAGAAAAGUUCACCCAGCAAGAGUGGGGCUACAAACCAAAGCUCUUCCCCAAAAGGCACCAGAAAAAAGGCUUCUAAAGCCAACAAUAAAGGAAUUGAAAAGUCACCCUGCAAAGCCUCCCGCCAGACUCCCAAGUCAACGAGGAAAGGAAAGUAUGCAGCAGCUGUGGCUAAUGGUGAGAAAACUCAAGUUGGGAUCAUCCGAGGAGGUGGUCAACUCAACAAUGCUGCCACAGGAAAGCUGUUGGCAGGAUAUGGACACCAUGGUAGCCCCACAGUCCCUGUGAAGAUGACAGGCCACAGGGAGUUCUCUGGGGAGUGGACAAUGGGGAAGGACAGCAGCACAGGCUGGACUGAUGUAGGCAUGGGAAAUGCCAACAGCCUCCUGGAUGAUGACCAGAGAGAAUUCGAAGAACCUUCAAACAUUUUGUCCAACAUUGCUUCGGGCAUGGCUGAUGUGCAAAGAUUCAUGAUGGCCUCCAUGGAGCCCCUUUGGAGUCCAGUGGGCCAUCAUGGGGUUCCAAACAUAUACCGCUCCCCUGAGUCCAACAGCCUGAAAUUAAAAACCCUAAAAAUCUUGGCUGGUACACCACAAGAGUCCAAGAAAAAAGCCAACAGCAGCUCACCAGGAGCCAGUAAGAACCACAGGUCACCCAAGGGUUCGAGCAGAAGCAUUGGGAAAGUAGUUGUAGGUGAUCCUGGCAGGGCAAACACAGCGGGGUACAACUCAGACAUUCACUCCCCCUUCUUGGAUAAAAACUAUAGUAACCUGAGCACUUUAGGAAAUAACGGACCAACACACAAAAAGUUAUACCGUCAUAAAUCCAGCUCAAAAACCCUGAGAGAUGAGAAUUGUAAGGGAAAACGUCAGGAUCGGGAAGCAGCCCCCAAAGACUCAGCUGGGACAUCUACUUUUGAAAAACUGAGGGAAUUCAGACUAUCGUCUUCUUAAAGCAGAAACAGCAUUUUGAAGAUUUCCCUGUAUUAGAAGACAAGACUUAAUUCUUCUCUAAAAAGACAUUUGAUGUUUGUUUUUUGUUUCUUUCAAAAUCUGCCUUGUGGUAUGUUGACAUGUAAGUGCUGAAAUUGAGUUUAACCUUGUGGGAAUACUUCUUUAGUGCAAGCCCUAACCUGGGAUUCUCUUUGAAAAACUUUUAAUGAGUCACAGUUGUACAGUAGUUGAUGUAGUAUGGCCCAAAAGGAAAAAAAAAAACAGCAACAACAACAAAAACAGAAAACUAUUGUGCCAAACUUAUGAACAAGUGACUGGACUGGAAACAUUUUUCCUUCUUUCUCAGCAUUGGGUUAUGAGUGUUUGGGGAAUUUAUCCCCUUUGUUUAACAAGAAACAUUCCAGUGGUCUGCUAUUAACCAACCCUACUUCCUUGGGUAACAGCUCUAGCUCUAGGGGAAAACUGGGUUGUUCAUUUACACCAAUUUACCAAAACUUAUGGACAAGGUUAAUAAUGUGCCAAAUUGACUGACCUCAUUUUCACAGAUAUACCCCCACAGUUUACAGCUCAAAAGGAUUCUCUCUUAUACACACACACACACACACACACACACACACACACACACACACGCACACACACACAUGCACACACGCAUACACACAUAUGCAUGCGUACAUACACACAUUUACACACUAAACUGCUAAACAAACACUACAGUCCUGUGUAGAAACAGGACCAGAUCGACAAGGCGAUGAGAUCUUUUUGUUCACUCUCUCCUUGCCGAAGAGUUGAGUUAUAUUAGAAGAAUAUAGAAAACACACCAGGUAAGUCCAGUAUAGGAACUUGAGUGUACACAUUUAAAGAACAUUUUUCAAGGAAAUGAAACAGCUGCUUUGAAAGUUUCUGUUUUCUAAAAGCAAACUCUGUAGCUGAAGAUUAUUUAAAGUGCAAAGUUAUAUUGCUGAUCCUUUGUAUCUCCGUUUUAUAUCUUUUCUAAGAACCUGGGGAAAAUUCUAAAUAUCGGCAUCAAAUCCAUGCUGAUGAUGAACCAAGUGCGUUGAUUGUUGCUUAAAACAUUUCAUCCUGCUUUGUGUCUUCUCUGGCUUCUAUGUUCUUGGAGUAUUUAAUUUCAUACUGCUAAUGUCAUGUGACCUGUGUUUUGGAUUUUAUUGAGUAUUUUAGUUUGAUCAUUUCUUUCCCUUUGGGUUUAUGUCAUAGAACACAGAACAGUCUUGGGGGGAUGAGCCAAUUAGGGCUGAGCAACCUUAAUUGGGGGAUAAGCAUCAAGUGCUUCCCACUCAACCCAGUCCCAAAAGAAACAAAGUCUUUUUGCUUAGUGCCACAGUUCACACAUCCACUAUCAAGCCCUUUUGCCCCUCCAAUUAAUCCAUUUCCCUAAUUUAAAAUUGAUCAUCUCUUUUACUUGCAGUGGAGAGCCUCCAUGUCUGAUCCAUUAUGAUCCAAAAUGAGAUUAAGGGAGUAAAAGAAUAUGAAAACUAUUGAGCACUAUACAGGGAUUGUUAUUAUUCUUAUCGUCGUAAGUAUUUAUCCUACUGACCUAGGAGCAAGAGGGCUGGGGUGGUGAGGAAGAGGUCAAGUGGGUGGGAGAGAAAGCUUAGGAGGCAAAAUAGGGACAGCAUACAUUUUGAAAGGAAGAGUGUGAUAGAUUAGGGGGCAAGAAAAGAACAAUGCAUAUUUUGAAAGGAAGAAUAUGAGCAAGGUUAUCUAUAGCUAGGGACUAGUUAGUUAUUGCCUUUCUAACAUGAUCACACAAAACUUUGGAAAGGCGCUAGAAAAGAUAGGGAAGGAGACUCAUUCAGAAGCACUGGAUGUUAGAAAUGGAAGGGAUCUUAGAGAUUGCAAAUCCAACUCCUUCAUUUUACAGAUGACGAAACUGAGGCCCAGAGAGAAGUGACCUGAGGUUAUACUAUGCAUAACUGGCAGGGCCAAGACUCAACCCCAAGCUUCCUGACUCCUGGUCUGGGUUUAUGAUUCAUUUCAACAGCCUGCUUUGUUGACAGCUCUACAGCCAGGAAACACACAGGUAGCAAAAUGAAUAAAGCCAGCUGUGCCCUCAACGUCAAACUUGACUUUCCCUGGACAAGUGGGCAAGGAGCUAUUUGAAAGGCCAAUGAUGGAAUAUAUGCUUUGGCAGUCAACAAACAUUGACUCUGCUGUGUAACUUGGUAACAAUGGAAUCUUGACACCAAGUAAGCGAAGCAGGUCCCUUGCUCCACAACUGCUGUCUGAAAGGGGAAAAACCCAAACUGUAAUGCACUCAUUCCACCACUCUCUUAGGCACAGUGUGUGCUGACUGUGCUGAAUGCAUGCCGGCUGGUUCCUAGAGCUGACCAAUUCAAGUUGGUUUAGCAAACUUUUCUUAAUUACCUGUUGUGUUCCAAACAUCGCAUCUCCCCCAGAGAAGAGCACAAAGUUUCACUAAGAUAUGGUCUCUUCCGUCACGGAGCUCGCAAUCUGGGAGGCAGAUAACUAUGAUGCACAAUAUUAUGGACGUUAAGAAUAACCAAGGGGCUGUAUGAGCUUUGAUAGAGGAAUCAUGACCUAUGGAAGUUAACAAGGAGGCUUAUUGGAUGAGAUUGUAUUUGAACUGAGCUUCAAAGGAUAGGUAGGAAGUAAUCAGGUAGAGAGAGGUAGGGAGGGCACUGCAAGCCAAAAAGCAUGAAUGGAGUCAGGGAGGCCAGAGAGCUCCAGAUGUGAUGGGAGCCUGGGAGGGGGGGGGGAGGAGAGGGUUCGACACGAUUCUGAGUCUGAAUCCAAAGAGACAGAAAAGAUUAAAUGAAAAGAAAAGUCAAUGGUUUGGGGGGAUUCUCAGAGAGUUGUUGUCAGUUCUACCUUGAAGUGGGGAGGAUGAAGGUAGGGGUUGGGGGUAGCAAGAAAUCAAUAAAUGAUGAGAACGUUUCCAUGUCUCAACUUGAUGUUAGCAACUCCUAUGGAAAGAGGUAUUUUGAUGGUAUCUCCUGGGAACCAAUGACAGACUUGGUCUAGAGAAGAACACCUCUUUCUUUCCCCAAACCACUGACAUUUGGAAGUGGAAGUGCCUUUUAUUGGCCUUCAAACCAUUGUGUGUGCAAAGGUAUUACUGUGACUGAGACUCCUAAGGAAAGACACUGUAUUCCAUACAAAAUGAAGAGCUGCACAUGGGGAGAAAACUGCAGUAGGAUCUGGAAUACUAGACUGUAGAGCUGGAAGGGACCUUAGAGAUAACGUAAUAAUACAAGCCCUUUAUUGCAUAGCUAGCGAGGUGGCAUAGUGGAUAGAGUGCUGGACUUGAAGUCAGGGAAGACUUGAGUUCAAAUCCUGCUUCAGACACUUCCUAGCUGUGUGACCCUGGGCAAGUCACUUACCCUCUCUCAGCCUCGGUUAAC